UCCCCUGGUUGGCAGAGAUAGUUCUCCGAGGGGUUAUGUAUACAUUUAGUACAAUCCAUUGAUUCUUUUGAGAUAUUUAAGUGUAUAUUUAUUACUCCUAUUAGAAAGAUCAGUUUAAUGAUUAAUAAAAAAAUGAUGCAUAUACUAAAGAAGCAGGUGUUGAGGCAUUUUAUAAAGCACAGAGGUGUUAAUACAUGGUCUCCUCUUGCGACAGCAUUCAACUCCAUUACCAAAGAAAAAUAUGAAUUUGACCUGUCGAAAAAUGAAAUUGGUUUAUUUGGUAUACCAGAAUUAAAAACUCCAGAAGGAUUCAACAUUUUAAAAGAUCGAGCAAUGAUCCAAACAGAUAUGCUGAUAGCAGAAGCUACCAGUGAAAAUAGGGUACGGAAGAUGGUACAAAUUUUUGAUGAUAUGUCUGAUACACUAUGCAAAGUUGCAGACUUGGCUGAAUUUGUUAGAAUUGCCCACCCAGACAGACAGUUUGUUAAAGCUGCAGAAAAUGCUUGUAUAUUUAUCAGUGGUAUAGUAGAAAAGUUAAAUACUCAUUGUGAACUAUAUAAUGCAUUACAACAUGUUGUAAAUAAUGGAGACAUUCAAGAAACAUCUAUUGUAGAUGAUCAUGUUGCAAAACUGUUCUUGUUUGAUUUCGAACAAUCUGGCAUACAUUUACCAGAAUCUAAAAGGGAGAAUGUUGUACAGUUGAAUGAUUACAUUUUACAAAUAGGUCAAAAAUUCAUGGCAGGUGCAGGUAAUGCACGAGUAGUAGAUGCUAACAUUCUUCCACCAGGUAUAAGAGAACAUUUCACAAUGAAGGAUAAUCAGAUAAUAGUGCAAGGACUUUAUGUAGAUUCUUCUAAUAAUUUGGUACGAGAAGCAGCAUAUCGUGUUUUUUUAUAUCCAGAUAGUGAACAAGAAUAUCUCUUGCACGAACUUUUAAACUCUAGGCAUGACUUGGCCAAAUUAUGUGGAUUUCCAUCAUACGCUCAUCGAGCUGUGAGGGGAAGUACAGUAGAAACACCAGAAGUAAUAUAUGAUUUUCUUAACAUCUUAAAUGAUAAUUUGAAGUUCAAAGCAGCACAGGAUUUCAAAGAAAUGCAAAGGUUGAAAGAUGCAGAGUCAAUGACAAAACAGGAUCUAAUGCCAUGGGAUACAGCAUACUUUAUGGGAAAAGCAAAAAGAAGUUGGUUAAAUAUGUCUAGUACUGAAUUUACUCCAUAUUUUUCUCUUGGUGCUUGUAUGGAUGGAAUAAACAUUUUAACGCGAGCACUAUAUGGAAUUCGACUGGAGUCUAUGCCAGUUUUAUUAGGCGAAAUUUGGGCAAAUAAUGUACAUAAAAUUGCUGUCAUAGACGAAAAUGAAACAAUUUUGGGCCACAUAUACUGUGAUUUUUUUGAGAGAGAAGGGAAACCUAAUCAAGACUGCCAUUUUACUAUUAGGGGUGGAAGACAAUUAUCUGAUGGAUCUUAUCAAAAUCCAAUAGCAGUAUUAAUGUUGUCAUUGCCAUCACCAAAGUGGUCUAAUCCGUGUUUGUUGAGCCCUGCAUCUGUAGAGAAUUUGUUCCAUGAAAUGGGUCAUGCAUUACAUUCUAUGCUAGGUAGAACAAAGUAUCAACAUGUAACUGGUACUAGGUGCAGUACAGACUUUGCAGAGGUUCCAAGUGUAUUAAUGGAAUAUUUUGCAAGCGACCCAAGAGUUGUGUCUACAUUUGCAAAACACUUUCAAACAUUGGAGCCAAUACCAACAGCUUUAUUAGAAAAAUUACACGCCUCCAAAAACAUAUUCUGUGCUUCUGAAUUACAAAAUCAAGUAUGCUACAGUAUGUUAGAUCAAGUUUAUCACAGUGGAAAGUUAGAGAAAUCGUCAACUGAUGUUUUAAGAGAGAUACAGGGGAAAUACUAUGGACUCCCUUAUGUUGAAAAUACAGCAUGGCAUUUAAGAUUCUCGCACUUGGUCGGAUAUGGUGCGAAAUAUUACUCUUACUUAAUUUCUCGAGCAAUUGCAUCUUGGAUAUGGCAAACUUAUUUUCAAGCAGAUCCUUUCAAUCGAACGGCUGGUGAUCGAUAUCGGAAAGAAUGUUUAGCACACGGAGGUGGCAAACCAUCUUCUAAAUUAGUGUCUGAUUUUUUGGAUAAAGAAGCCAAUGCCAACAAUUUUGCAAAAUCUUUACUUAACGAAAUCGAUAUGAGGACUGAUCAAGUCCAAAAAGUAAAAAGAUAAGCCAUGCAAAGGCAAUGUCUAAAAUAAUUACUUAGAAGACAUUAUUACUACGGAUAAACAAAUUUUAUAAUAAAGAACAAAUACAAAAAGAGAGUAAUCCAUUUAUGAUAAAUAUUGUACAGAUAUCGAUAUUUCAAUUUUAACUAUAAAAAAACAUAAAUAAUUUUAUAAUCAGAUAUAUACUUUGUAAAUAAAAUGUCAAUAAUUCUAAUUAAUGUAUUAUGAACAAAAGAUAAUUUGAGUUUUUUGUUUUAUUUUAUUACAAGUACGGAAACCUUACCCUAUUUACAAUUUUGACAAAUCUAUAAAUGGUUACACAAAAAUAAGAUUUUUAGUGUAAUACAGACAAAACGCAGUAUAAGGUAAUUUAUGAGAAUUAUUUUUAUAAUCUAGCUUCAUUUCUUGAAGUGUUUUGUUAAUCUACUCUACGUGGUAAAAUAAAGCUAUUGUUUUAUUCUUACAAAAAUGAAAUAUUGUACCAAAACUUUAACAUUUCAAAUUACUUUGAGCAUGACAUAACCUACCAUGUACUGCGUUUAGGAUUGUUUUAAUUUGUAUUAAAACUCUCCGUCAGGGCUUCCAUUAAAAUUGGCUAAUGAUUUAUCAACAACAUGUUUCCUUGCGUUUAUACAAAAUUCCAUUAAUAAGCUAUUUAAUAAUUACACUGACAUAAAACGACUGAACAAGCCACUGAAUGAUUCAUUUCCAAAUCUUAUCAAUAGCAUUAAUAAUACAUGUAUAUUUUUUUUAAUAACAAUCGGUUCCUACGUUACGAGAAUUUCUGCUUAUUUCUUCGAAAAGUUUUUGUUGUCCUUACAUAUUUUAUGGCAUAGAACUAGACGUUUGUAUUCACAAAAAAGCACUGGACAUUUUUUUUUUACAAUAAUCUCUUGUCUUCGUUUUUAGAUUACACUAAAAGUGAUUAUAACAAAUUGUGUUUCAUCUAAUAUGUAGUUACAGCAAUUUAAGAUUUAUUUAUUUUCAUUUCAGUACUGCAUCGUUAUCUUCCUUAAGUUUCAUUUUGCACAGCAUUCACACCAGCAAUUGUUUUUGUUUAAAUAAUUAUUUGUAAAAUAACCUUGUAAUACAGAGUCACUAAAAAAAAAGUAAUUAUAGCGCAAAUAUUAUAUUUGUCAUGUCUUUCGAAAUAUUCAUAGAAUGUAAUGUACUUUUAUUACAUAUUACGUCUAUAAUUUCGAUUGCGGUUGUAAUAUAUGCAUAUAGACUCAAUGCAGGAUUAAUACAUAAUUUAAAAAAAAAUUUUAUUUUAAAUUGUUUUUUCAAUAUCAGUGCAAUUGUAAUUAAUUUCAAUAUUUUAUAAUACAUACAAAAUAAAAA